ACGCGCACGCGUCCCAGCUAGCUGUAACCGGCUAGCCCCGUAAGAGUUGACACCCUUCCCCGACAAAACCCCCCUCGGCAGCGGCUGCGCUGCACCGUCGACAUGGCAAGGAAAUAUCGCAUUUUCUUAAAAAAAGAUGAACAUCUUCCAAGUCGUUUGGAAUGAUAUUCAUCGUGUGAUGUGACCCAAAAUCCACAAUGUGUGAGGACAUUUAGUUCGGAAGAAAAACAAAUCUUGAUUCCAGUGGAAUCUUUCAUAUAUUAUUAUUAUUAUUUCCCUAUUUUUUCUGUCAUAGUUUAUACACAUUUGCACGCACUCGUCCCCACCCACAUAUAAUCAUCAUGCCAGUUCAAGCCCCACAGUGGACAGAGUUUCUGCUCUGUCCGAUCUGCACACAGACAUUUGAAGAGACCGUUCGGCGGCCCAUCAGUUUGGGCUGCGGACACACCGUCUGUAAGAUGUGCCUGAACAAGCUGCACCGCAAGGCCUGUCCUUUCGACCAGACGGCCAUCAGCACGGACAUCGAGCAGCUGCCUGUCAACACAGCUCUGCUGCAACUGGUGGGAGGCCAGGUUCCUAAGGCUCAGCCAGUUGCCUUGAUUAGCAGUCCUGAGGACUUGCAACAUUAUGAGGAGGCGAGGCAGUGUGUGGAGGAGCUGGCCCUCUACCUGAAACCCCUUAGCAACACACGAGGGGUUGGUCUGAGCAGUACAGCCCAAAGCAUGCUGAGUCGACCCAUGCAGAGGAAACUGGUCACACUAGUCCACUGCCAGCUAGUGGAGGAAGAAGGACGCGUACGGGCCAUGAGGGCAGCCCGCUCUUUGGGUGAGCGUACAGUCACGGAGCUCAUUUUGCAGCACCAGAACCCCCAACAGUUGUCGUCCAACCUAUGGGCUGCUGUCCGUGCGCGAGGGUGUCAGUUUCUUGGCCCAGCAAUGCAAGAAGAAGCCCUGAAACUGGUCCUACUCGCAUUGGAGGAUGGGUCAGCUCUUUCCAGGAAGGUGUUGGUGCUCUUUGUUGUGCAGAGGCUUGAACCUCGCUUCCCGCAGGCCUCCAAGACAAGCAUAGGACACGUAGUACAGCUCCUCUACAGGGCCUCCUGCUUCAAAGUGACAAAACGUGACGAAGAUUCAUCCCUCAUGCAACUGAAGGAAGAGUUCCGUACUUACGAGGCUCUGCGGCGCGAGCACGACUCUCAGAUUGUUCAAAUUGCCAUGGAGGGUGGCUUGCGCAUCGCGCCCGACCAGUGGUCUUCUCUGUUAUAUGGGGAUCAGUCGCACAAGUCACACAUGCAGUCUAUCAUCGAUAAGCUCCAGACUCCAGCAUCUUUUGCUCAGAGUGUUCAAGAACUCACAAUUGCCCUGCAGAGGACUGGCGACCCGGCUAACCUCAACAGACUGCGGCCUCACCUUGAACUGCUCGCCAACAUUGAUCCCAGCCCCGAUGCUCCCCCUCCCACAUGGGACCAACUGGAGAAGGGCCUAGUGGCUGUGAAGACAGUCGUACACGGUUUAGUAGACUUCAUCCAGAAUCACAGCAAGAAGGGAGCUGACCCUCAACAGCCUCCCCAGCACAGCAAGUACAAGACGUAUAUGUGUCGCGACAUGAAACUGAAGGGAGGCUGUCCUCGUGGAGCGAGCUGCACCUUUGCUCACUCUCAGGAAGAACUGGAGAAGUAUCGAAAAAUGAAUAAGCGCCUGGCAGCUCGCCUCCCUGGUUCAGGGGGGCCAGAAGAGGGCCUUCCCCUCGACGUGGCCGUGGCUCGAAAGCCUUCACCUCUCACCAACGGAACAAUCCCACCCUCCUUGCCUCAACUAAUUGCACGUGGUGCUGACACUGUUCCAUAUGAGCUCCUGAGGAAGCCCCUCAAGAUGGACGGAGGGACUUCAAGUGCCCCAGGAUCCCCACCUGAUCUCCUGGACCCCGUGCCCAAGACUGGUAUGCCUCUUCCACCUCACGCCAUGGUUCACCCACGGCUCCCUCCUGACCACCUCUCUGGAGUGAAGCAAAUGCCUGUCGUCGCCCGAGGUUCGCCCGUGUACUCCCAGCAGCAGCUUCCUGAGAUGUUCUACUCAGACACGCGCCCCCCACCGUCUGCUUCCCAGUAUGAGCCCUCGCAAUACCAACCAGGGUACCCCUACCAGCAGCCACCACAGUAUGUUUCUAGGGAUUACAUGCGUAACCCUCCACCCCCGAGUGAGUCUGGACCUCCUUACCACGAUCCGUACCCUGGUUACGGCCCACCUGAGCGUCCCUACCAAACCCCCCACUCCGGUCCCCCCUUUUCGUAUCCUCACCCCUCACACUAUGAUCGCGGACGGCACGGUGCCUACACUGGACCACCGCCUCCCCCGCAACCUUAUCCAUCUCAGAGGGAUGGUCUCGUCAGGAUAAGCUCCACGCCAUUGGAUGUUCCUCCACAAUCAGCAGGACAGGCUAAUUCGCUCUACCACCCGGAGCCCAGUGUUCGGGAUCGAUACCCACCAGAAGGUUACUACCCACCAGGAGCCCAAUCACAGCCGAUGCGAACUUAUGUCAGGGGGCCGUCAUACGCCGGGUCCCAGCCGAGUCUAGACUAUCUACACCGCCGUCGCCAGGAGAUCCUCUCUCAGCUCGAAGAAAGGAAAGUCAUCUCCCCUCCACCAUUUGCAGCCUCUCCGACUCCAUCUCAUCCAUUUCCAAGCGACUACCCUUCUGAGUAUGGAGAUGAGGGCUCCAAGAGCAUCGGGAAGUGCAGAGAGCCAGACUACGCUGGCCAGUACUCCCCUUGGUUGUGUGAUACGAUUAGCUCCUACAUUGGCACCAAAGAUGCCAAACCCAAAGAUGUUAUGGUUUCAGGUGCCAUGGACAUGAUGAAUGUUGAUGCCAAGGUUCUGAGGGAGCCAUCUUUGGAGGCUCCUAGGAGGGGGGCAGAAGUGAAGGACGAUGACCCAAUUAUUCCUUUCGGUCCUCAGCCUACCGUUUCACGGUUUGGCGCAAUUUCACGUACCUCUAAGACUGGCUACCAGACCGGACCCGUCCAGACUAUGGUGUCCAGCCCCCAGAACCCGAACGCUAAACACAUGAACAUAACCGCAGAGUACACGUAUGGAAGUCAUGCUGGAUGGGGCGGAACAUCAUAUCCCUCCCACCAGACAGCCCAGGAUAGAGAACAGCUAAAAAUUGAGUUACAGCAGGUCAACCAGCAGAUCAACCAACAGACGCAAAUGCAAAACAUGGAGUCUGCCAGUAACCCACUACUGCUGCAGAGAGAAGCCAGUGCCUUGGCCGGCACACCGGUGACCAGCAGCCAAGUCCAGGCUGUCGCCUCUCAUUCGCAGCAGCCCCCAAAGUGGCCAACAGGGGGGGCGAGUUCUACAGCUGUCUCCAGUGAACAGCUAAGCCUGGAGCUCCACCAGGUGGAGAGAGAGAUUGGAAAGCGCACUCGAGAAAUGGCAAUGGAGAAGCAAGUAGCCCAUGAGGUCCAGCAGUACAAGCUGAAAUCGGCUGAAAAUGGACAACCUGAGCACAAGACCCAACUGGAAGAAAUCUCCCUCGCUCUCAGUGACGUAUCUAAUGGCUCCAGCAGUCUGCAAGAAGGUCCAGUGGGCGCAUCCAUGAUUUCGCUGACAAACAAGACGUCGACGUUGAGCCUCUGUUCUGACCCGGUCGGCACCGGCUCAGAAAUUCAGAAGAACGGCGUUGUCCAUUCCUGCUCAUAAGCAGUACUCACUGACAUGCACACAUACAGACAUACCUACACACACACUGAAAAGGCUAUGUUAAAAAAGCAUGCACAGGCAUGCACACACACACACAUGUUCUAUUUAGAAGAUGAGCAGUAUCUGCCGUGAUAUGAAUCUUUUUGUUUUUUUCUUUUUUGUUCUGUGAAUGAGCUUUUUUUUUUUUUUUUAUGACUUUCCUUGCCUGGAAACCAGGGCAUAUGAUAACAUUUCUUUGUGUUUUUGUCGUUCCUUCUCUUCCCCCCUUCCCCUUUUGAAUUCUAGACUUAACAAGGCUCACAUUCAGGAAGAGGAACAGGGUGUUGAUGGUGACAGUGGCAAUCAAAAGGGAUUCAAUUGUCCUCUGCCCCCCACCACACUCAAGAUUCUUGUCACAGGGUGUGCAAAAACCCAAAACACGGUUGCCGAGGCUACAGACCUAUCACAUUGCAUGCUCAGGAACAUCGCGUCACGCACACGCAUGGAGGAGACAACAGCAAGUCGGCUCUCGCCCCCCAGAAUCGUAAAACAAAAACAAAAAACAGUGGUUGCACAGAUCAAGAUGGUCUGGGAAGGGAAAGCACGCCACCUGACUGCCACGAGAAGCAUGAUUUAUUUAUUAUUUUUUUUUAAUGAAUGCAUUUUUAGGAUGGACUCGUGCUAUGUCUUUUUUCUGCAUACUUAACAGCAGUAUAUUAAAUAUUUAAUUGAAGCAUUCUGUUUUAAAGAUUGCAACUUUCUUGAUAAGGGAAUGUGCUGCUUCUUUACCGAGGUCACAUUAUUGUAUUACUCCAAAAAAGAAAAAGAAAAAAAAAUAGCUGAAUGCACGUCCUCAGGCCUGCCGCAUCCUGCAUCAGGGUCAAACUUUGAUGAGCCUUUCCCUCCUCAGAGCUUCUCGUCUGGCCAAUCGCAAAAAGCCUCCCCAUUGGGAUUAUCUCGUCACGUGCUCGCAUAACUUCUAUGAAGUUGCCUCCCCCUUUUUUUCGUCUUUUUUGUUUUUCGUCAAUGCAUUGUUGCGGUUUUUGGGGGGGCAGGUUGUUUGCUUGCGCUCCUCAUCGCUAGGUGUCCCACAACAGUCACAUUCACUACACAAAUCAAAGCAGCACUGUCACCAUCACCACAAGGCUCGUCUCGCGCUUCGUGUUCCGUUUACUGCCGACUCUCAACACGGAGCCCGCGGUUUGAGGUGGGCGCAAAUUAUUUUUGUGUCCAUCUGGAUCUUUUGUGUCCAUUUUUUUUUUCUUUUAAAAAUAAAUCCCAUCCCCGUCUCGCCCGCAACGGCUCCAUUUAUCGUUUAGGUACACAGCUCACUUAUACGAGUAUGUAUACAUACAUUAAUAUACUAAAGCACUAUUAACGUGCCACCUGUUAUUCUACUCGCUCAGCAUUUAUAUUAAAUGAUCUCUACUUUAGAAUCAGCAAGAAUUUUUUUUGUUUGUUUGUUUGUUUUGGUUUUGACUUAUUUUUCUGUCCACUGGUUGCCAACACAGACUUUAUCCUUUCCCAGACGAAGGACUUUCUGUGCGCAUUUGAAGUGUGUUCACUUAAAUCUUUUGUGUUCAAACAAAGAUAAGACUAUGCUUCCGAAGAAGACAAAACAAUUCUGUAACUUUGGGUUGGGUGGGGGAAAAAAAACAAAAAAAUGACUUUUAUGGAGCUUUGUGUGUUGUAUUGUAGAAGAUGUACCCUCGGUUCCCACCUGCUCUCUUUAUUUCCUUCACCUUCAAAUUGUGCUGUAAUGGAUGAAAAGAUGAAAAAAAAGUUACCUCGUUCUCAGGAAGUUGAUUUAAAGGUUGGCCUCAGAUUCUUCAUUUUUUUGAGUAUUUAAGCCCAAAUGGUUGGCUAAAGUGGAUUCCUAAUCACCCCUUUUCAAACCAUGCAAUAUUGCCAAAAUAAUUUGCUCCAAUGAAAUUUUUUUGACCUAGUUUUUUUUUUUUUUUUUGGGUUGGGGGGCUUCCUGCAAUGGAAUCUAUACAACCUGUGGGUCCCAAUCGACAGUUUUUUUGUUGUUGUUGGUGUUUUUGCUCCUGAUUGAACGAAUAUAAACGCCGUUUAGUUGGGACGAUGGCGCACGAAAUGCUGAAUUGAUGUUUCUCAGUGGAACUUCUGCUUACUGCCCACUCAAUGAGAUCGUCCAAUUAACUCCCCAACUCCCAAAUAUUUUUUGGACCACUGAGCUGUCACUGUUGCUUAAGGCUCACUUUUUAUUCCCUGGCUUUGUGGGCAACAAAAUUCAUAAUGGCUUUUUAAAACUAUAAAUAUAUAUAUAUCAUUACCUCCCUUGUAAAAAAAUAAAUAAAUAAAAAUAAAUACAAAAAAAAAAAAUCCUCUUAAAUUAAGGUACAGGUUUGAUUUCAGCAAAGAAAAAAAAGGCUUUUAUAUGUUUAUUAUACUCCAUUAAGGAAUGUCUAGACUUAUCUUCCUCCAAUGUGGAUGUAGCCAUUACGACGCCAUUUUGACUUUGUAAGAGAAUUCACUGUGUGAAAAUUGGUUUGCGUUUUUGUAUAAUACAAUCUGCUUUUUUUUGUUUGUUUGUUUGAUACAAGCAAAAGGUCAAACUGGAAGUGAGGUGGAAAACAAAGUGACCUUGUGAAAUUUGACACAAAAUGUAACUUAUGUGCUACAGUGAUUCUGAGUUUAGGGGGAGAAGAUUAAAUGAGAUUGCUAACUCUU